AUGCAUCCCCUCUCCCAUCUCAUCCUCUCCCUCAUCCUCCUCGCAACCUCAACAGCAGCCCUCCCAGCAACACCAGCAACACCCACAACCCCACCACCAACAUCAACAUCCUCAACAGACACACAACAACCUCCAAUCCAGCCCUUCCUCCCCACCACCGGCGCGGCCCUCCUCCCAACAGGCAUCCCCGCCUCUCCACGCCCGAGCCCGAACCAGCCUCAAUCACAAUCACCAGCACCAUCACCAAUCUACACAACCCUCACCCCCAAAUUCCCCCCCUCAAACUCGUCCUCCCCCUUCCCAUCAGGGCACCGCAACUCCACAUCGCCCUGCGCAUCAGGCCGACCCCUCCGCCUAGGCCCAGCCCGCCUCCACAAGAAACCUCACACCCAAACCUCCUUACCAUCGCCCCCUCCGCAGCCAACAAACACUCCUCAAACCACAAUUCCCGCCGAAGCUACCGCAGCCGCAGCCGUCGCCGCCGCCGCAGCAGCAGUAGAAACGCCCACAGACUCCGGCCCCCGAGACUACGCCUCCCUCAUCCCCCCGGCGCCCGGCGUGACCCCCCGUCCGGAGCCGAACCUCGCCGAAAUGGGAUACUACCAGACGACGUACUACUCCUGCGCGACCCAAGGCACCUCGACCCACUGCGGCUGGCACAGACCCAUCAUGGUCGCGCCCGCGAACAACGCCGCCGCCGGCGCCGGCGCGAUGAACCGCAAAGCCGGCGUCGGGGCGUUGGUCGUCGCCUUCGUCGUCGGUGUCUUCGUGGGCAGAUGA